GUCCAUCGCCUCGAAACGUUUCGCUUCAUUCCAUUCUGCGCGCCUUGGAAGAGGAAGUUCUCACAGAAACUGGAAAUAAUAUUGGAACUGGAAGUGCUAGCGUUCUGGAAGUAGCAGCAGCAGCAGCAGCAGCAGCGAGUUUUUUCUUUAGUUUCUUGACGGUUCUCGGUUGCGUGAUAUAGCCUGGAUAUCAGUCUGUUCAGUCGAAGGCUUACAGUGAACGCGACGAAAAGUGCCCACGGUUCCUCGAUCUCAUCAGUCAUCAGCAUCGCGUUCGUUACACAAAUCGCUUUUGCUCAAAGACCUUUCAGAGUUAUAAUCACAAACUCUUAAAGAGAAUAUGGCCAAAAUCAUUUUGUUUUGUGUGCUAAGCCUUUUGGCUUGCGCUGCAGGUCAACGCAUCACGACCAUUCAUUUAGAUGGUGUGCAGUACUUCAUCAGUCGGAUGAAUCCGUAUUCGCCGGAGUUGAACUACUUCCUGGCCUAUCAGUACUGCCGAUCCUUGGGCUUGCAGCUGGCCUCGUUCGAGACGAAGGAGAAGGCCGAGUCGAUGACCACGUAUUUAAAAAAUGCCGGCUAUGGUAAUUAUGAUUUCUGGACAUCCGGAAAUCGCUUGGGCACGGGCAUGUUCCUAUGGAUGAGCACCGGUUUGCCGUUCAACGCCACGUUCGACUUUUUCGAGAACUCGGCCGACGCAAUCCAAGCCGGUCUGCUUGAUCCCGUCGAUCACAACAGCAACACCUCUCCCCAGCGUACGGCCCGCGACAGCAGUGGUGCCGAGAAGGGAUGCGUCAUCCUCAAGCAGCCGACGCUCAAGUGGAUGCCCGAGGACUGCUCGGACGUCAAGGACUUCAUUUGCGAGCAGACCCGUUGCUAUUAUUAUAACUAUGGCAGCAUUCCGGUGUCGUCUGCGCAGGGACGCCCCAUAACUUCGACGACACCACGCCCGCCCGCCGCACUGCUGAACCUCAAUCUGGCAACCACAACUCCCCUUCCGCUCAUCAUGUCCACCAUCGCCAGCGGCAACACUUUGUUUGCCAAGCCAAAGUCGUCGGUGGCUGACAAUGCCGUCGAUGCCUCGCAGCAGCCUUCAACUGUAUGGUUCAAGUUGAAUCACGAUCGGUCUUUGACCGAUCCUGAUGUGGAAGUUGACCUCGAGGCGGACGUUGAAGAGCACGACAAUGCUGAGGGCGAGAGUGAUUUCGAUGAGCACGAGCAGGAUCACGAGCAGGAUCACGAGCACGAGCACGACACUGGCGAUGCCUCCAAUGAGCACGCGCGUGAGCUGAGCGAUGGCGAUGACGUUAAGGAGCACGUUUUCCCGCUUAACGACAACGAGUUGCACAACGAAAUGCACUCGAUUGAGGAGUUGCAGCUGCAACUGCAAUCUCAUGACGCCGACGAGCAUCAGGAGCACGAUGAGGAUGUCCCAGAGGCGGAUGAGCACGGUAGUGUUGAGCAUGAAGCAGAAGCUGAAUCUGAACAUGAACCUGAACCUGAAACUGAAACCGAAACUGAUACUGAGACGGACUCACAUUUCCAGUCGUCGGCCAGCGUCAGCGAAAUACCAGCCCCAGUUGCGUUGCCCAGUUCCACGGAGUCGCCGGCCAUUGAGGUGCGUCUCAAGCAGAUUGCGCAGGACUUUGAGAAGAUGACCAGCUCGCAGGAGCUGCAGCGUGCCGCUGCUGUCAGCAAGGAUGAGAUCACGCCUCAAUCGUCGCUUUCCCUGAGCGAUCUUAUACGCACGUUGCGUCCCAAUGAGCAGCAGAUCAUUCCCCAAAUCGACUCCGAUUACUCCAAUGCCAUGCGGGUGCUCGGAAAGACUUCGGCCGUAGUCAACAACGAGGAUUCACGCAAAUUCAAGGUGCUGCCGGAGCCGCAUAGCUUUUAAUUCCAUUCGUACUUGUACUCCCUAAGUUUGCGAUGCGGUGUGCUCCUCCAGGCACUGUUGGGGCACUGUUCUGGGUUCCACUGAGGAAUGUACAUUUUGACCUUAUAUGAACGAUAAAUGACACUUCUCUCUGCGGACCCGCAACAGUUCAUACACUCUGUAGAAACUGACAAUGAAUUUUCAGUAGCAUUAUCGGUUAGGUAUCGACUAGAGAGAACUUAUAUGAGUUAAGACAAGCUUAAUUAUUUACUACAUACCUACUAUUACAUGCUUUAAUUGUAUGACAAAACUCUUCAUUAAUAAAAACGAAUUUGGUAAAUGUAAA